UCCGGCGUGGAGCGGCUGGAAUUCCCCCGGCGGGUAAUGCCCGGCCGGGCCGGCACGAGGUGCUGAGCAUCCCGGGCGGGCGGGGAGCCGCGAUGACCCCCGAGAAGGUGCUGAGAGAGGGGGUGCUGGAGAAGCGAAGCGGGGGGCUGCUGCAGCUCUGGAAGAAGAAGCGGUGCCUGCUGACGGAGAAGGGGCUGCAGCUCUUCGAGCCCAAGGGCUCGCGGCGCAAGGAGCUGAGCUUCGCCCGCAUGAAGGCCGUGGAGUGCGUGGAGUGGAAGGAGAGGCACAUUUACUUCACGGUGGUGAUGGACAACAGCCUCGAGAUCGACUUCCGCUGCGCCCAGGAGGACCCGGGCUGGAACGCCGAGAUCACCAUGGGGCUCGUGCGCUUCAAGAACCAGCAGGCGAUGCAGGAGGUGCGCGCCCGGCACAGCUGCCGAGCAGUGGUGCAGCUGGACGCCGCCCCGGUGGGACAGCCCAGGGAACCGCAGCUUCCCAGGAGUCGGAUGGAGAUGGCCCUCGGCUCGGCAGGCGCUGGGGAGAACGGGAUCCCUGCGGGCAAGUGAGGUCACGGCUGCGCAGCCCGGGGAUGACGGUGGCCCCGGGGAGGCCGGUGCUGGCGCUGGCUCCCCCCGUGCCGGGGCAGGACAGAGGCACCGCAGGAGCUGGGCUGGAGCAGCCACCUCCCCUUGGCACGGCGGGGCAAAGGACAGGGCAGGGGGUGACAUCCCUGCCCGGGGCCCCACCACCCUUCAUUCUGCUGACGUGUGCAGGACCUUGGUGCACUGGUGGGGACCCCAAGCCUCUCCUGCAGGACAGGGGAUGGAUGAGGCUAUGCCCGAAGGAUCCGUGCCACAGGGAGCUCUGUCCGUGUGACAGUGACACUGGGACAAACGGAUGUGGCUGGGUCCCCAUUUUAAAAAGGGCCCGGGGAGCUGCUGCUGCAGCAGGGACCCCUCAGCAGGGCACUGAACCAAUGGUGGGGUGACACAACGUUGCUGCUGGACAUUGUCUCACCCUGGGAUGUCCUUGGGCUGUUCGGAAAUGCUGAGGACCACAAUUCUCUGUACCAAAAUUUUCCUUAAA